UUCGCUGAGCCUCUCUCUCUCUCUCUCUCUCUCCACCUCACCUCACUCCAUACUUCGUACUUCGACGAGCAUUCAAGCUAUUUGAGUUCGUGCUUUUCCUGUGUUCUUUUUCCCUGAAAAUAUUUGAGGAAGCUUUCAUCUUCUUCGACGGAGAGGGUGGAGACCGCAAAAUCAAUCUGCAAGAAUUCACCAAAGGGCUGCAACACCUCUUUGACUUCAUUAAGAAGGUGGAAGACCUCUUCAAGCAGCUGGAUGCAGACAACAGCGGCUACCUAGAGAGGAGCGAGCUCCGAGAACUUCUCAACAGGUCCGGGAAAAAGUUCACCGAUAAAGAUCUUGACGAGAUGAUCAAGCAAGCCGACUCAAGUGGGGACGGGAAAAUCUCCCUCCAGGAGCUUAAGGAUGCUUGCUCUUAGAUUAACACUUUUCUCCUUUUUUAUAUAUCGGACUUACAUAAUUAUAUUAUUAGCAUUAAGUACAGUAAUGUUCUGCGUAUGUUGGUAAGCUUACCCCUUGGUCUUUUUGGAGGCAGCAGGUGGCGUUUGUGAUUCCUAAAAGUGCUUUUGUUAAUACUUAGUUUCUGAAAAAAAAAGUCGAACUGCCACAGGGAUGAGAAACCAAAGAGGUCUCGUGUAUUUUAGAAACUAGUUUUGUCCCAAAAGUGAAGGUAAAUCAACUUUAAAAAUAAAGCCAAAGCAACGCAGUGAGGCAAGGGAAGUGCGGCGGAUUUCUAGGGAACGGAAUUUAAAAACAAGAUUCUAGACCGUGAACAAAAUGGUCACAUUAAUGUGGAACUGAUGCUAUUGCUAUUAUGUAAUACCAUUUAGUAACAAAAAAUACAAUCCCAUUUUCACCGAAUUUUAAUUAAAGGGAAAAGAACACAACGUCAGACUUCAUCACAAAUUGAACAAUAGGCUUCAUGUUCAAAACGACGCCAGGUGGUUGGUUCAAAUAAUGGAAGAAUUUAAAGUAAGCCACUUUGAAAUACCUACUUAAGCCAACAAUGUUGUAGCAUAUUGGAAAAUGUAUUACUUUGAGUCGGGUCUUGUUGAAUAAUUAAAAAAAUAUACAUGUAUUUUGCUAAGGAAAAAAAAAGAUUCACGUUACGAGUAUUAAGGGAUAUCAGCAUCUUAUUUUUUUCUAACACUGUUAACAGUCUAUGUAUCAGCAAUGCUCAUAAUACGGUGCAAAAGUGGGUCACUUGUUUAUCAGUUUUGAGUCCUUUUUCUGUAGUUUUAUACUUUUCAUUUAUUCAACUUUGUAAUGAAAAUGAACGCAGAGCUGUGUAGGGCUCCCUCUUGUUUGUUUUAACAGCAUAGGCAAAUUUACAAGCCUGGCUCAGCAUUCUCAGCGUUUUCUUUCCAUCCUCUAAGAGUUUACAUGCAUUUCAUGAGUUUGCAUCCAAAGCUUCUAAAAUGUCAUUUUCAUAUCGCAUAAUCUCAAUUUCUCCAUGUUUUUUCCCCCCCGCCUGUUAGAUUGGUAGAUCCUGAUUUCUGCUAGCAGCGGAUUCAGUUAGACUCAGUGUUUAAUUGUAGUAUUCACAGGCUGUGGUUUGAUGAAUAAACUUACUUUUUAACAAUUUA